UUCAGAUUCAGAUGCUGGUGUUGAGCUUAACCUUGCAAAAACCAAUAAUGCGAGCUUCUCAUAUGUUCACCAUAGGGAUGCCAAUUGUACCUACUCUCGUUUCGAAUAUCGUGACGUAUGUUCUAGUAUGCCUGCAAAUGGAUCAAGGUCUGAAAACAUGAAACACACCUUUGAAGUUUGUACCCAUCCAGAUAACUACA